AUGGUGUUCAUUCUGGGUGUCAACUUCCACGAGAGGAAGCUGGUCAGGAAAGCCCUCGAGUCCUUCUACGCACUCGGGCCACAGACGGCCGCCAGGAUUCUGGCGAAGUACACCAUUCAUCCGCGCGCCAAGAUCGGAACACUACCUCCCAAGACGGUGACGGCACUGACGGCAGAGCUGUCGACGAUGACGAUCGAGAACGAUGCGCGCAAGCUCGUUCAGGACAACAUCAAGAGGUUACGAGACAUGGGCACAUACCGCGGCAGGAGACACGCCAUGGGUCUGCCGGUGCGAGGACAGAAGACACGAAACCAGAUCUCGACGGCACGGAAGCUCAACCAGGUCGAGCGACGUGGAUGA